AUGCGUUUAUCCAACUUAGUUACCCUUUCCUUGAUGGGUGUUGCCUCAGCUGCUCCAGCUCGUCACCAUGAACACGUCGACAAGCGUGACGCCGUCACCACUACUGUUAAGACUCAAGUCACUGUCACUCAAGGUGCUACCGGUCAAACUAAUGCUCUAUUGCAAGAAGAUGCUGUCCUUGAUACUACCACUACUGCUGCCGCUGCUGCCACUGCUGCCGCUGCCGCUGGUACUACUUCUACCCUAGAACCUUCUUCCACUAGCUCUAAUUCUUACCCAUCUUCUUCUGUUGCCGCUGGUAGCGCCAAGGGUAUCACAUAUUCUCCAUACGCUUCUGACGGUACUUGUAAAUCCGCUAGUGACGUUGCCUCUGAUUUGGCUCAAUUGACCGAUUACGGUAUCAUUAGACUUUACGGUGUUGACUGUAGUCAAGUUGAAAACGUUCUACAAGCUAAGACCUCUUCUCAAAAGCUGUUCCUAGGUAUCUACUACGUUGACCAAAUCGCUGCUGGUGUCUCUACCAUUAAGAGUGCCAUUGAAUCCUACGGUUCUUGGGAUGAUGUUUACACCGUCUCUGUCGGUAACGAAUUAGUUAACGGUGGUGAAGCUUCCACCAGUCAAGUGGGUGAAUAUAUCUCCACUGCUAGAACUGCUUUAACUGCUGCUGGUUACACUGGUUCUGUUGUCUCCGUUGACACCUUCAUUGCUGUCAUCAACAACCCAGAUCUAUGUAAUUACUCUGACUACAUGGCUGUUAACGCCCAUGCUUACUUCGAUGAAAACACAACCGCUGAAAAUGCCGGUCCAUGGGUUCUAGAACAAAUCCAAAGAGUUUGGACUGCUUGUGGUGGUAAGAAGGAUGUUUUGAUCACCGAAUCAGGCUGGCCAUCUCAAGGUCAAACUUACGGUGUUGCCGUUCCAUCUAAGGCCAACCAAAAAGCUGCUAUUUCUUCCAUUGAAGACACUUGUGGUUCUGCUACUAUCCUAUUCACAGCUUUCAACGAUUACUGGAAGUCUGAUGGUACUUACGGUGUUGAAAAAUACUUCGGUAUUUUAUCUGAUUAA